GCAAUGAGACCUAUUCUUUUACAAGGACAUACUCGUUCCCUCACGCAAAUCAAAUAUAAUUAUGAAGGAGAUCUUCUUUUCUCUGUAGCAAAGGAUCAAGUAGUGAACGUUUGGUAUUCACAUAAUGGCGAACGAUUGGGAACUUAUCAUGGUCAUGUUGGUGCAAUAUGGACGGUUGAUGUUAAUUCAACAAGUUCCAUCUUAUUAACUGGAUCAGCAGAUAACUCUGCAAAACUGUGGGAAGUUAGGACUGGUAAAUGCUUACAUACUUGGGAAUUCAAAACUGCAGUUAAACGCGUUGCUUUUUCUGAAGAUGAUAGUAUGGCUCUCGUCGUAACCGAAAAUCGUAUGGGAUAUCCAGGAACCGUAACUGUUUUUUCAGUUAAAAACGAUAUUGAUGCAGAACAAUCUGAUGAACCAACUAUGAUUAUAAAUCAGGAAGGUUCGAAAGCCAUGGUUGCUGCGUGGGGAUAUCUCAACAAAUACAUAAUAACUGGCCAUGAAAAUGGUGAAAUUUCUCAAUAUGAUUGGAAGACGGGUGAAAAGAUUAAAUCGAUUCAUCCGCAUACAGAUGUGAUUUCCGAUCUCCAGAUGUCAGAAGAUCGCACAUAUUUCAUUACAUCCUCGAAAGAUAAAUCAGCACAAAUUUUUGAAUCAAAUACACUUAAUCCUUUAAAGAAAUAUGCUACUGAUGCUCCUCUGAAUUCAGCAUCUAUAACUCCGAUUCAAGAUUUUGUCAUUUUAGGAGGUGGUCAAGAAGCUAUGGAAGUUACACUCACUAAAUUGAGACAUGGUAAAUUUGAAUGUCGAUUUUGGCAUAAAAUUUUAGAGGAAGAAGUGGGACGUGUAAAGGGUCAUUUUGGUCCUAUCAAUACAAUUGCCGUCCAUCCGAAUGGUAAAGGUUUUUCCUCUGGUGGGGAAGAUGGCUAUGUUCGAGUUCACCAUUUUGAUGAAGAUUAUUUUAAAUUCAAAUAUCCCGAAUUAUAAUAGUAUUUAUAUAUCAUAAUAUUGGUGAUAUACUAAUUAUUAUAAUACAAUAAAUUCUUGUAUUAUUAAAAUUUAAACGUAGAGCUUUAUAUGAAUCAUUUGUGUUUUCUAUAUCUAAUGAUUAUUACAUGUGUGAAUAUUUGCCGUUUAUAAAAUAUAGCAAAAAAAAAACUAUGUACAAUCAAAAUAUUUUUGUCAAAUUUUUUCCAGUGCUUCCAUUAUCACUACCGAGUUACCACGAAUUACCUAAGAAAAAUAGUAAUAAUAAUAAAUAUUUAUCAAAGAAAAAAA